CUUUCCGUCCAGCAGCUUUCACACACGACUCACGACAGGCACCAUGGCGGACGUGUUGGAUCUUCACGAAGCGGGAGGAGAGGAUUUCCCAAUGGAUGAGGAUGGUGAUGAGAGCAUCCACAAGUUGAAGGAGAAGGCGAAGAAGAGGAAAGGACGAGGCUUUGGUUCAGAGGAAGGAGCCAGGUCCAGAAUCAAAGAGGACUAUGACACCGUGGAGCAGGACGGGGACGAGCCCGGCCCUCAGAGAUCUGUGGAGGGCUGGAUCCUGUUUGUGACGGGUGUCCACGAAGAGGCCACAGAGGAAGACAUCCAUGACAAGUUUUCAGAGUUUGGAGAAAUCAAGAACCUGCAUCUCAACCUUGACCGCAGAACAGGCUUCCUCAAGGGAUAUGCACUGGUGGAGUACGAGACCUACAAAGAGGCCCAGGUAGCCAUGGAAGGGCUCAAUGCUCAGGACAUGAUGGGUCAGCCUAUCAGUGUUGACUGGGGAUUUGUCAGAGGGGCCCCCAAGAACAAGAGGAGAACUGGCGGCCGGAGACGCAGCAGAAGCCCGGACAGGAGGCGGCGUUGAGUGCAGCCGUUGUCAUUGGCUUGUGGGGUGUCUGUCACUUUGUCAGUUUAUAAUCCUCUCGUCUUCUCACAAGAAACACAUUUUUUUUGUUAAAUAUUUUUAAAGAUGUUUGCAAUCUAAAAUUUCGGGAUAUGGAAAAAUGACGAACGACAAGCAAUUGUCCUGACUGCAGCAUUUUCAGUUUAUUGUAAAUUGCUUAUGCUGCUUUAAAGUGCACCAGAAGGAUCUCCAUCAGCUCCGUCAGUGAAACUGUGACUUGUUUUCAACACCAACUUGUUUAUGGUUGCCCUAAAAAAAUAUGUUUCCGGUUUUCUCAAUCUUACGUGCAUUUUUGUUUUUUUAUUAUAUAAUACUUGAGAUAAAAUUAAACUUUUAAAAAAGGUA